AUGGAAGAGGAAACAUCGACCACGGAUGCUCUCACAGGUGUUGAGGUUCCAACAUCCAAUGGUGACACCCCCGAGACUGAAGAAACUCGAGGGAAGAUGACUGGUUUGGUAGAGUUCAAGCGUUUGAGCAUCAUGCCCCAGUGUUCCACGGAUCGUACCCUGGGCUUCUUGACUGAACCUGUGGUGAGCGACCCAGCAGCUGGGUCUCAGCUGCCGAACAAUCCAGAGUGGCGAGGAUGUGUCUCGACGAGCCCUUCAUCAUUGCCCUUUGCCACGCGUCUCUAG